AAAAUGGCCGACACUACUACGUUCGUCGUCCGCAUACAUCGCACUCUAUUCCAGCAGCAGUACGAAUUUGUAGUAAUCAGUUCUAACCUGAGUCGGCAGUAGUCUACGGGUAAUUCACGGCUUUCAUCCGACGAGAGGCCUUCGAUCAAUCAUGGAGGAAACACACGAACUAUUAAGACUAUUUGGAGAAAAGAUUGAGGCCGGCCACGCCAUGGUUAAACGUUUAAAAGUCACGAAGAAACUUGACGGCAUCGACAAGUUCAUACGCAAAAUUCAGCAGGAGAUACGAUUUCUGGAAAAGGUACGAUCUACAGGGAAUAUCAAGAAGGAACACCUACAGAGCACCAAUCUUAUACACCUGAAUGCUAUAGGCGAAAGAUUGCUCUCCUCGGAAAAGCCUAUCGCCAUCAUGAAACCAUUUAAAUUGCAAAAAUCUCGACUGGAAGUUGACAUAGUCUGCGAUUCCGGAUCCACCUGGAUAAAGGUGAUUGCGCGCAACGCGAAAGCGCUCACUCUAAUCUCCUUGGGAAAUGGAGAAUACGGACAAAAAUCCGUUUUGGAUCAGGCGGAGUCUUAUCUAAGCUGCGCUAGAGGUCAUCCUCACUUGUAUCGAGCACCGGAGGUUGUAUUCCACUUUGCCUAUGGGAUUGAAGAAAUGCUGGCAAAAAAACUGGAGCGUCUGGGUAUCGUUGUAGAGGGCACACGAAAUAACGCAAGAGACGAUCAUGUUUUGGCCGAAAAAGUCUUCCCCUUCGAAUCAGAGAACGAGUCUAGUGAUUCCAGUGACGAAUCCAAGAGAAACGGUGCAUCAGCUUCAGAUCUAAUAAUUAACAGAGUCAAUGUGCAGGAAAUAAAACUUCUUAAUCUGGAUGUAUCUACCCUCUUAGCGUAUGUGACGAAUAUGACCAACGGAUAUGCACAUUUCCUAUACGAGGAACCAUUACUUUCUAUGCAAGCCGAAUGGGAAAGAAGUCGACCGGUAAAGCCAAUUCUGGAUAAACUUUUCGAAGGUAAAGAUCUCGUAGUCUGUCAGACGGCCUUUGAGAAUUUUCGAAAUAUUAUCGACGUUAUCGGCGGCCCUAUGGAGACCGCCAGAGCGCAGGAAUUUAUCAAGAGAGUCCGAAUAAUUGAGGAUAUUUCGAAGGGCCGAGUUAUUGAGAGACUUCCUCUGGGAGGAAAGAUCAAAGACAGAUCGAGACUAGUAUUCGCAACUGGGGAAAACGUCAAGGGCAUCACUGUCUCUGCAAACGAAGGAUUCGUGAGAGCAGCACGAAUGCAGGGAAUCGAAUGUGCGGUCUUCCUUCACGAGCCUCGAUCGCUCUCAGAAGUCAAGGAAUCCCGCGCCACGAAGAUGGACCUCAGGUCAUUCUGACGUCACAGCUCUACCCCUCAGACUCGACAGACUUGCCAAUCAGCUCCAUCCCGAACUCUAGGAAGGUCAAGGUUGCGUUAGAGUUACUCGCUAAUCACUGAUUGUCAGUCGAACGAGGCUUCAAACAAUAUAGCAUUACUUUCGAUAGCUUUCA